GACAGAGCUGUCCGCCCUCCUGCCUCGCGCAAGCCCCUCUCAGAACGGGGUCCGAGCCCUGGCGACAACCAUCCAAGGAUGGCGCCGUUGUAAGGCUGCUGGGGCGACUCCCCCGUUCCUCUUCCUCCGCCUGCCCACGGAGAGACGGAGCUCGACAAUGGAGCAUUAGCGGCAGCAGCAGCAGCGCCCACCGUCACCACACCCACCCAAGCCCGUCUCCCAGCGAAAAUGGAGCUGGGCCCCGCCACCGGGCAACAGGCGCAGCAGCGCGCCCACCCCCAGGCCUCGUCAGGCGGCGGCGGGGGUCCCUGCCCGGAGAUGCUGCAAGUGGCCGAGGAGGCUUUCCGAGGCGGGCAGUUCGCGCUGGCGGCCGAGAUCCUGAGCUCGCAGCUGGCCGAGUUGCCGCAGCCCGAGCGGGGCCUUUGCCUUCGCCAAGGGGACGCGUUGGCUCGCGCGGGACGCAUGGCCGAGGCUUUGGAUUCGUACAGCGCCGCCGCCAGGUUGGCCCGACUGCGGCCCGAGGAGCUGCGCGAGCUGGCCGAGAGCUUCGCCCUGGUCAUCCGCGACAAAGAGCUGCGGCUGCCUCCCUGGCAGGGGCCUGGCGGAACUGGGGGUGGCGCCGCAGCCGGGGACUCUCUGGAGGGAGCUGACCCGCUAGGGGACCCCACCUGCUGCCGUCCUCCAGAGCCGCUGCGCUGCCCUUUGUGCCUGUGCCUGCUCUACGAACCGGUGACUCUGCACUGCGGGCACACCCACUGCAAGCGCUGCGCCCAGAGCGGCGGCGGCGGCGAGUGUGCCCCCUGCGCCGCCCGGCGUCCUGCCUCUACCCCCGUUCCUGCCCCAAGCCCGGCGGCACAAGCCCCCGCCUGUCUCCGCGUCAACGUGGUUCUGGGCAGCCUACUGGAGAAAUGGUUCCCGACCGAGAGCAGAGCGCGCCGGCUGUGCGUCGAAGGGGACACCCUGUGGGAAAGGCAAGAGCUGGCGGCCGCCCUGGAGAAGUACAGCCAGGCCCUCGAAGUCGCUUCUUGUAAAUGUUUGUUAAUAGCACAGCGGGCAGAACUUUGUACAGCUAUGAAGAAUUAUCAACAAGCCCUUUAUGAUGCAGAGGUGCUCUGCCGAAAUAAACCCCAUUGGCCUAAGGGUCAUUAUGUGAAAGCACAGGCUCUUUCUGGAUUAGGAAGGAUUGAAGAAGCGUUGAAGGAGUUUCUUUAUUGUGUUGCCUUAAAUCCUGAAUGGAGCUCAAUGAAGAUGGAAGCCCAAAAGAUAAUGUGCGAGAUGUUUUUCCCAGCAUUUGAAAAUGUGCACGAUAGUCUAACAACACCUUUUUGUAAUCGGACCUCUUAUACAAGGUUGAAACCUGCAUUUUUAAGUAGCAUAAAUACACAGUCUUCUGGAGAAGAUGGGUCAACUGCAGAAAGCUCAAAGGAGACCAUCUUGAGGUUAACAAAAAAACCAUCCCAAGAGACUGAUGUAUAUCGAAGUCCUGAUUCUUCUGUUUCUAAUCAUAUACUGGAUUCCUAUUUUGAAGAUAACAAAAAAACUUUGGGGACAGUUCUCUCCAAUUUACCUGGUGCAAGCUUAAAAAGAAAGUUUUCUAAUGAUGUGGGAGAUCUGCAGAGCUUGGAAGUCCCUUGCAAAAUUCCUAGAAAAGAUGGUGAAGGUACUUGUGAAAAACCCACCUCCUUUCCCUUAAGAACAAUACCUGCAAACCUUGUGGAUGCGUCUGACUUUGAGUGUUCCCUCUGCAUGAGGUUGUUCUAUGAGCCUGUCGCUACUCCUUGUGGACAUACAUUCUGCCUCAAAUGCCUUGAACGCUGUCUGGACCAUAAUCCGCACUGUCCACUUUGUAAGGAAAAGCUCUCUGAAUUUUUAGCUGGCAGAACUUACAAAAAGACCGUCCUUACUGAAGAAUUAAUAGUUCGAUACUUGCCAGAAGAAUUGUCUGAAAGGAAGAAAGUUUAUGAAGAAGAAAUGAAGGAAUUAUCAAAUUUGAAUAAAGAUGUUCCCAUCUUUGUAUGUACCAUGGCUUUCCCUACCAUCCCUUGUCCUCUUCACGUCUUCGAACCCCGCUAUCGGUUAAUGAUAAGAAGAUGCAUGGAAACCGGUACCAAGCAGUUUGGCAUGUGCUUAGCAGAUGAACUGAAAGGGUUUGCUGAUUACGGCUGCAUGUUAGAGGUCAGGGAUGUGAAGUUUUUCCCUGAUGGCCGCUCAGUUGUUGAUACGGUUGGUGUUCGGCGUUUCAGGGUCUUGAGCCAUGGCCAACGAGAUGGGUAUAAUACUGCAAACAUUGAAUAUUUGGAAGAUAAAAAGGUUGAAGGGGCAGAGCAUGAAGAACUUGUCCGCCUUCAUGAUUCAGUCUACGAUCAAGCUGUUGCCUGGUUUACAUCUCUUAAAGACAACAUGAAAGCACAAAUUCUAAACCACUUUGGGUCAAUGCCAGGGAAGGAACAUGAGCCACAGAGUAAUCCCAGUGGUCCAGCUUGGUAUUGGUGGCUGUUGGCUGUAUUGCCACUGGAGAACAGGGCCCAAUUGGCCAUUCUCGCCAUGACCUCUCUUAAAGAUCGUCUUAUUGCCAUACGACGCGUAUUAAUAUUCGUGACACGCAAAAGACCCAGAUGACACAGCCUUAUUUGCGAACAGAAGCUGAAAACAACUGGUUGCAAUCGCUCGUAAGAAAGAAGUUGGAGACAGAAUAAUUCUUCCCUUUUAAUGACACUGAUCUCAUUUAAGCUUUCACCAUUCUUUGCACACUCUCUACCCAGUAGUUAAUCAAGUAUUCUGUGCCUAUUUUCCUGGAGAAAUCUGAGCCUCUUGGAAGUUUUGCCACAGUUGCAACUUAGCUGCUAGUAGUUGCAGGCACUAUGUGGAAUUACUACUCGUAACCAACUAUCUAUUUAUCAUGUGGAGACAACUGAGUCAGUAGCCCUAAAAAACAUCCCCAACGUCCUAACUGAGGUGUUUACUUUUAUUGUAGCAAGGAAACAGAAUUCAGAACAUUGGAUUAGUAACUGAGGAUAUGCAUUGUUGGAAUAUUCCUUAGAGGUAUAAAGGAAAUUCUCCAAUUGAUCCUCUAAAAGAAGAAUCCACAAAAGACAACAGGUACUGAUGGACAGGACAAUCUUUUAAUUGCAGUAUGUUGACAAAACUAUUGAUCUGUGAAGCAAAAUGGCUUUUCCUGGACAAAAUAUUCCCCCUCCAAGGAUGUCAUGUCCAAAAAAGUAGCUGGUGAACAGCACCGUGGCUGAUUAUAAUGAAUCAGUUUCUUGUAUUUGUAAUGUGCAUGUUGUGUGUAAUGGGAAGAAUACUUCAAAAUAUAUAUAGAAAGGUUAGGUGUGUCUCCCGCCCCGCCCCCCCCCCAAAAUAUCAGAAUAACCUCAGGAAACCUUCAUUACAAUGGGAAAAGUUACCUUUUGACAGCCCAAUCCUCUGUGGUUGUGACCUUGAACCCCGUGCACAUAUGGAUCCUAUACUCUCCCAACGGCAAAUGGAAUUUUGUGUGUACAGAGGACGCUUUUCUCUGCCACUGGAACACUUGAGCAUGUUGAACCACGUUCCAGAACUCUGGUUCCCUUCAAGCUAUUCUAUGGUUAGAGUACUAACAGCUGUUGUGAUAUAGAAUUGCCACUUCAAAUUAUCCUUCAUGCUAAUUCUGUAGAACAGGUCUACUCACAACUGCCAUGCCAGCCUAACCUGUUAUACUGGAACAAUGUUCGUUAGCACAUUUUUAAAAACCAAAACGUUAAUAUUCCUCGUUCUGUACCGACCACUGUCUGUGCUUGGAGUCUUUGUCCUUGGUGACAACAUGAGAGGAGGCACAAAUUGAACCCUGUAAAGGCAACUUUCAAUGCAAGCUUAAACCAGGUGUUACCUUCAAUUUGUUGUUGGUUUUGUAAAUAUAUCUGUAUUUUGAUGUCGUAAUACCUGUUGUUAAUUUUUUCAAAAUGGUCAGCUUACCAGAAAGAAACUUUUGACAGUAAGCAUGCAAACUGCUGAGAUCCUCAAAUUUGUGGAAACAAUUGUCCCUAACAGGAGGAUAAAAUAAAUUCAAAUCUCAGAAUGUUGCACAUACAGAAGGGAAACUGAAUGAUACUGGUUCAUGUGCAGAUAAUCUGGCAAGAUGAAAAUAGUGGCAAUACCAAAAUACUUCAAAAGUGCCUCCUUUUUAAAUUAGAAAAAGUAUCUUAAGACACAGGUGUAAACACUUGCACAUGAAUUAAGGAAGAAAUGUUAUCUAAAAGAUGAUUGAUUGCAUUAUUUAGUAGUAGUAAUUGCAGUCUGAGUAGUAUUAGAUGAUUGUCAAAAGUAUCUUGUCAGAAGUUGCCAGUAGCGGUUUCCUAGGAACUGAUCAACACACCCUGAAUGUACUGUAGUUGCCUCUACCUUGAAUUCGCCUUUUGUAGUUAAGUAAUGACCCAUGACUACUCUUUUAAUUGUAACCUGCAUAACUUGCAACAGAUGAUCUAAUAAUUUCUACCAUAGCCUUCCUGCAGUUUCUACUACCUUUACCAGAAUUUAUAGAUAAUAUGUUUUUUCCCCAAGUAUUUUUUAGAGAGGUAGCAUAAAAGCCAGAGAGAGGAGGAUCUUUGGAGGGUGUUAUUCCCUGGGUGCUAUCAUACUUUCCCCAACACAACUGUCUUCCUGUUAAUCCACUGGACUUCAAAAGCUUCCAAGGUCAUCUAGUAAGAGAUUCUUGAAAAUGUGCCCUCAUUAAUUUUUGGCAGGGAACUUGGACCAUCUUCAUCCUUUUUCACAAUACCUUUGUCUGUGCUGGCUUGAUACUCCUUUUUCAGAUUUUGAGUGUAUCUAAUGUUUUCUUCAUAUUUGUCUUUUUGUGUGAGUUUUCUUCUAUUAAUAGCUAAAGUAACAUAGCUAUUGAGCAUAAAUAAGAAACUCUUUGUUCCACUAAAUUACUGUUUCAGCAUUAUUCGUUGUUAGAUUCUAUUCUCUACGACAGGCAUGGGCAACUUAUGGUCCUCCAGAUGUUUGGGCCUACAGUUCCCAUCUGCCAUAGCCAGCAUAGUCAGUGGUGAGGGAUGAUGGUAGUUAUAAGUCAAAGCAUCUGGCCAUAAGUUAUCCACUCCUGCUCUAUAUUACUUCUUAUAUUCAUAUCUGGUGUUCCAUUUUCAAUGAAGGACUUUUCUAACAGUCUUCAGCAUGUCUUCAGUCUUCAACCCUUAUGCUUUAAAUUUAAAGUUCAGGUUGUCUGCUCUUCUAACAAUCCUAGUCUGUCAAGUGAGCAGAUAUAUUAAUUAAAGGAUAUGAUGAAAGCCAGAAUUUUGAAACCUCUUUUCUUUUAUGUAGAUUGGUCUGGCAGUUUAGAGAACUGGGAGCUAGGAUAUCUGUAGCUCAAAAAGCCAUGCAGAAAAAAUGUUCAAGACCUAUUCUAUUGAAUAUAACAAAACAGACAUGCAAAACCCUGUAGGCCUGCUAUAUACGGCUUCUAAAUAAUAAAUAAAUUUUGCAGGUGAAGUUCAAUCGCUUCAAUUUUACAAACUAUACCAGUUUGUUACUGUGGCCUUUUAACUACUGCUUUUAAAUGUCCAUCCUUCUUUUCAGUCACUGAGAUUGCUUUGUGACUCCAGUGAGCUGAUAAUCAGCAGAUUUUUUGCUCCUACUGCUUUGUGCUGCAGUUAAUUUUCAAAGAAAAUAAAUGGCAAAGGUGUUUAGAAAGCUGUAUGUGUUAAUCAUACAGUGCCUUGCAUAACUGAAGGCCUCGUGUUUGGUAGCGCCUUAAUUUUGCAGCUCUGGAAUGAUUGUAUCAACAAAGCAUCACAAAAAACAGAUCUGGAGCUAAUGACCAGUUGUGUUUUGUUUUUUUAAGCAUAUUUUAUGUAGAUAAAACUUGAAACAAAAUCGUUAUGUUUUGAAGCUAGUUGAAGUAUGUGUGUGCGCGCACGUGUGGAUGUAUGUGUACAUAUGUAUAAAUAUAAAUUAUUAACCUGCGCCUUUUUGUACUUAGUAAAAGAAAGACAGGUAUGUGUUACAACCAUGUUUGGCACUUCUUGUUGCAUAAAGCAAAGCCAAACUGAUUUUUUUUUAAUAUUGCUGCAAUGUUCAUUUCAUGUAUGUUUGGAAUUUUCAUGGGGAAAUGUAUUUAUGUGAUAUUUGGAAUAAAUAAAUUCAGUUUACAA